GUAUAAACAAAUAGCUCUGGUUGUAUUCCAGUAAAAUUUUAUUUACAAAAAAAAAAAAAAAAAGCAGCUGGCUGGAUUUGACGCAUGGGCCACGGUUUGCCAAGCGCUAGUACAGAAGCAGGUUGGUUAAUCGAUGGAUUAUUUGAUGCUGAGUUGGAUUACUACUGUAUAGGGAAGACGAGGGUGAGGAUUUAAAGAUUAAGAUUCCUCAGGAUAAAAAUCAUAAAACGCUUUUAAGGAGUCAGUCAACACACAUUCAUACACGCGUGUUUAACACUGAGUAGGGAGUAUUUUACGUACCCAGCGUGGUGUAGUCAUCUAGGACUGUAAUGAAAGGAAUCAGAUGCUAAGCGUCAGCAAGGAUGUGGAGAAACUGGGGCCCUCGGAUGCAGAAUGUAAAACGGUGCAGCUGCUUCAGAAGGCAGUCUGGCAGGUCCUCACAAGGUUCGCCGUAGCUACCGUGCGACCCUGCCGUUCCACUCCUAGGCGUACACCCAAGGGAAGUGAAGACGCACGCGCAAGCACGAGCUUGUACACCAGUGCUCACAGCAGCAUUAGUAGCCAAAAAGGAAAAGCAGCUUCAAUACCCGUCACUGAUGAACAGAUAAAUAAGAUGUGGUCGGUCCAUACAGUGGAGCUUCCUUCAGCCAUGAAAACGAAUGAAGCUGUGAUGCAGGCUACGACAUGGUGUACCUUGAAAACCUGAGUGAAGGAAGCCAGACACAGAAGGCCCCCUAUUGUAGGAUUUUGUUUAUAUGAAAUAUCCAGGAUAGGCAAACCCUAGACGCAGAGAGCAGACGCAUGGUUGCCAGGGGCUGGAAGCAUCGGGAAGUGACCGCUGACAGGCACGGACGAGGUUUCUUCUGGGGUUAGGAAACCGUUCUAAAAUGGGUGGUGGUGGUGGCUGGACAACUCUGAAUAUACUAAGAAGCCACUCAUUUAUCUUUAUAUGGAUCGAAGAAGGAAGCAAAGCGGCGGCAGUGGACAAGUUGUUGGCCGGAGAUGAGAUCGUUGGCAUCAACGACAUCAGUCUGUCGGGGUUUAGACAGGAAGCGAUUUGCCUGGUGAAGGGGUCGCAUAAGACCCUGAAGCUGGUGGUGAAAAGGAGGACUGAGCUGAGCUGGAGGCCACACUCCUGGCACGUCACCAAGUUCUCCGACAGCCACCCCGAGACAUCGGCAUCUCCAUUCCCCUCUACCAGCUCCUGCCCCUUGUGGCCAGGCCAGCACCACGCCAGCUCUUCGUCCCAGGACCUGUCAAGCGGCCUGUGGGAGCAGACGCAUCUGCAGCGCGCCUCUGACCACUUCAGCUCCCUGGGGAGUGUGGACAGCCUGGACCAGCCUGCCCAGUCCUACCCGUCCGGGCGCCUCUCGGCUGCCAAGUCCAACAGCAGCAUCGACCACCUGGGCGGCCCAAGCAAGCGGGACUCCGCUUACGGCUCCUUUUCCACCAGCUCCAGCACGCCUGACCACACCCUGCCCAAGGCGGAUGCCUCCUCUGCUGAGAACAUCCUCUACAAAGUAGGCCUUUGGGAGGCCUCCACCGGAGGCAGCGACCGGCAGGGCCUGGCUGCCGGCGACCCUCAGUGUGUGGACGAGAGGCUCGGGUGCUUCCCCCCCAGGGUCCCCUGUGACAGCAGCAGGAGCCCCAGGCCCGAGGACAGCCCUGAGCCCAAGCUAGCUGCUUCCGGGAGGUCCAGUUUUGGGCCAGUCUGGUAUGUUCCCGAUAAGAAGAAGGCCUCUUCGUCCCCUCCUCCGCCCCCUCCCCCUCUCCGCAGUGACAGCUUUGCGGCCACCAAGAGCCACGAGAAGACCCAGGGCCCUCCAUUCUCAGAGGCGGCCACCACGCAGCACCCUCCGGGCCUGACCCGCGCUCAGUCCCACAGCGACUGGCGACCGGAAGCGGCCGAUCAGCCGCAGAGACCAGCGCGCCUGGGCGACGGGAGGAGAGCCGGAAGCUCGGGCUGCGCGCCGGGUGUCCCCCUGGACUGCGGGUGGCCGCCGUGCGACAGCGGGGCCAGGGCCCUCCUGGGGGCCCCCAGCCGGCUCCAGGCCUCCCUGUCCAGCACGGACGUGCGCUGCCCGCCACCUUCGCCCGCGUGCCAGCACCCGCGCCACUCCAGCGACGAGAGCCCCUUCUUUCACGAGGGACCCAGUGCCGCCACGUGGCUCAGGGAGCAGCCGCCUGCUGAGCGCUUCCCGGAUGACAGCCCCGCUCCGGUGGGGCGGCCCAGCGCUGGCGACCAGAAGGGGGACAGUGGCGCUCAGAGCCGCUACUACUGCGUGACCUCCAGACGCGGCCCGCAGGGCGGCGCCCCGGCCGCGCAGCCCCGCUGCUACCCGCCCCGGCUCGAGGGGCCCCCGGGCGCCCGGCAAAGGGGGAGGGUGGCGCCGGCGGACAGGGAGGCCGGGGUCCACUGCGAGGGAGCCGAGGAACCGCCCGCGGCCGGCCUCGUGGAAACGGCGAGUGUGAAGAGGGUCGCAGGCGGCUUCGCGUGGGGCCACGCGGGCGGCGAGAUCUGCCCCCUGCAGACGCCCAUGCUGCACUCGCUGACCCAGGAAGGGGCGCGCCGGCCCGAGGCCGGCCACGAGGGCGCCCCGGAGAGGCCCCCACCCGAGGCCCCGGCGGGCAAACCCAUGCGGAGGAGCGACCGUUUCGCCACCACCCUGAGGAACGAGAUCCAGCUGCGGCGAGCCAGGCUGCAGAAGAGCCGGAGCACGGCAACCCUGGCCGGCGCCGCGGAGGGGGACGAGACCACCGCCGAGGCAGAGGCGCGCGACUGGGGGGUGCAGCCGGCAGGGAGCGCCCCGGAAGCCGCCUUCUCCAGCACAUAUAAGGACCACCUGAAGGAAGCGCAGGCCCGCGUCCUGAGGGCCACGUCGUUUAGGCGCCGCGACCUGGAGCCCAGCCAGUCGGACCCCGACACCCUCCCUCGCGUCUGGGAGGCAGCCCCGGCCAGGCUGCCCUCGAGCGCCGGCGGUGCGCUGCACGGCCCGCGCAUCGCAGGCCGGAGGCGCUUCACGGCCGAGCAGAAACUGAAGUCCUACUCCGAGCCCGAGAAGAUGAACGAGGUGGGGCUCGCGGGGGAUGAGCGCCCGCGCCAGCGCCGCGCACCUCCCGACGAGACCGUGCGCACCUUUGCCGACAGGUGGAAGUUUUUUGAGGAAACCAGCAAGCCCGUAGGCCAGCGGUCGGGGCUGAGGCCGGCACCCUGUGGGUUCCCCAAGGAGAAGCCAGAGAGGCCUUGGACAGCGGGCCCUGGAAAGGAGGGAAAGGUGGGGAGAUCAGACCCACCUCAGAGGCUGGGAACCUUUGCAGAGUAUCAAGCCUCGUGGAGGGAACAGAGGAAAGCCCCGGAAGCCAGGAGUUCUGGGAGGUACCACUCGGCAGACAACAUCCUGGACGUGGGUCUGGACCAACACGAGAGGCCACAGUACAUCCACGGAAGGUCCCGGUCGUCGCCCUCGACCGACCUCUACAAGCAGGAAGCUUCUGUGGAAGUGCGACGGCAAACGGAGGACCCCGGUGCGCGCAGAGAGCUUUCUUCCUCAGUCCAGGCCGAGGAGGGACGCCCCACCCCAAGACAAGCAGAUGCCCCGUGUGCAGAAGACAGUCCAGGAGCGCAGCGGGACCCCCAGCAGCCGUCCCAGGUCUCUGAACCAGCUGGCUCCCGGGAAGCUCCCGAGGUGCCCCCGGAGGGCCGUGGCCGGGCGGGGACCCUUCCUUGCGAUUACAGAUACCCGGAGGAACGCGCGCCCGCGGACCGGCCUGCCGCCCCGCACGCCCGGGGGCAGGAACCCCGGCCCCUGAGCGCCGCCCCGCUCUCCCGGAGGCCCGCCCCACAGAGGCCGCCGCCACCCAGGCGUGAGCCCAGGCCCUUGGCGGGCGCACCUGCGCCUGCUCACCUGGGCGCGCCCGGCAGGCCCCGCCCCCUGGCCCCGGAGGUGUGCUCGUGCUCGGACCGCCCGGCCCUCGCCCGCUGCAGCCCCGGCGCCUCGGCGGAGAAACCGAGCGCCGCCCGGCCCGCGGCAGAUGGCCCGCGGGCUGCGGGGGAGCCGGCCGGGCAGCAUGUAGACGAGCGCGCAGGCUGGCCCCGGCGGGAGGCGCCCCUCCUUUCCAAGUUCCGGCCCUUGCAGACCUCCGCCAUGGAGACCUCGCGCUCCCCGUCGCCUCAGUUCGCGCCGCAGAAGCUGACGGACAAACCCCCGCUGCUCGUCCAGGAUGAUAAUUCCACCAGAAUCGAGCGGGUGAUGGACAACAACACCACGGUGAAGAUGGUGCCCAUCAAGAUCGUGCACUCGGAAAGCCAGCCCGAGAAGGAGAGCCGCCAGGGCCUGGCCCGCGUCCCGGAGCCACCCGUGCUGCCCAGCGGGCUCGAGCGGGACCAGAUCAAGACGCUUAGCACGUCCGAGCAGUCCUACUCCCGCUUCUGCCUGUACAGCCGCCAGGGCGCCGAGCCCCAGCCCCCUGGCACCCUGGUGCCCACGGCCAAGGACAGCCGGGCCUCCACGCCCACACUCAGCUACGUGAAGGCCAAAGAGAGGACUGCCGAAGACCUCAAGUCGGAGGAGCUGGCCCGCGAGAUCGCGGGCAAGGAUAAGUCCCUGGCGGAUAUCCUGGACCCCAGCAUGAAGAUCAAAACCACCAUGGACCUUAUGGAGGGCAUCUUCCCCAAAGACGAGCACCUCUUGGAGGAAGCUCAGCAGCGGAGGAAGCUGCUCCCCAAAAUCCCCUCUCCCAGAACCACAGAGGAGAAGAAGGAGGAGCUGAGUGUGCCGGCAGCCGUGUCCCUGGCCACCAACUCCACCUACUACAGCACAUCGGCCCCCAAGGCGGAGCUGCUGAUUAAGAUGAAAGACCUGCAGGACCAGCAAGAAGCCGAAGAGGAUUCAGGGAGUGACGCCGACCACGACCUGUCGGUGAAGAAGCAGGAGCUCAUCGAGAGCAUCGGUCGCAAGCUGCAGGUGCUGCGGCAGGCGCGGCAGAGCCUGCGGGAGGACAUGCAGGCCAACAGCGCGCUGGGCGACGAGGUGGAGGCCCUGGCCAAGGCCGUCUGCAAGCCCAACGAGUUCGACAAGUUCCGCAUGUUCAUCGGGGACCUGGACAAGGUGGUGAACCUCCUGCUGUCGCUGUCCGGCCGCCUGGCCCGCGUGGAAAACGCCCUCAACAAUCUGGACGACGGCACUGCUCCUGGCGAUCGGCAAUCCCUGCUCGAGAAGCAGCGGGUCCUGAUCCAGCAGCACGAGGACGCCAAGGAGUUGAAGGAGAACCUGGACCGCCGGGAGGGCAUCGUGUCCGACAUCCUGGCCAGCUACCUCAGCCAGGACAGCCUGGCCGACUACGCGCACUUCGUGAGGAUGAAAUCGGCCCUCCUCAUCGAGCAGCGCGAGCUGGAGGACAAGAUCCACCUGGGCGAAGAGCAGCUCAAGUGCCUGCUGGACAGCCUUCCGCCCGACAGAGGCAAAUGAGGGGCCUGCGGCCCGACGCCUCCCCGGCGGGGCACGCAACAGGAGGCAGAUGAAAACCCCAGCCUGGACUUAGGUCCUGGAGAGAGAAUCCCUCCCAGAACCAAAUGGCCGUUAGAAAAGCAAUAAUUUCCGUGGGCGCGUUUGGGAUGAUUGAUUGAUGUCUUAGUUCCCUGCUGAGCAGAGUGGCUCCCCGUCACCCUUGGCCUGGAAGCAACCCCACGUGGCGCCCGGUGAACGGUGAGUUCCUGAGUACGGACUGAGCUCUGGUCCCGAGGUGCACGCACGUGGUCCUUGCCGGCUCGGGUCUGCCCUUCCGUCUCCCCACGCUGCACCCCUUCCUCCUCUCAGGAGGCAAUGAGCACGUGUCGGGCAAAGCCUGGGGCACGACCUCUCCGGGGGGUCACGGGAGGUGGCGGCUGCCGGCUUCUCCUGUUGGCCCAGAAGUGUUGAGCGUUCGUUGUGUCUGUCCUAUAAGGAUGAUCUGCGGCCCAGCAAAAAUCAGGAUGAUACUUUAGUAACCACUCUGCAAAGGUGAAUGGUUUUCCAUGUGGUUAAAAACCAACUGUGAAAAGAAGAGCGUACAUGUUGGGUUCACUCACUAAAAUUGCCACUUAAAUAGCGUUCGCGCUUUAAAACACACGCAAAGCAGACACACGGUUUUAGGACUUCUCGGCUGACGUCACGGUUCAAAUGGUAUUUUCCUGCAAAGAGAAAUUACUUGGCUAAAAGCGUGUCUGGUAAAUGUGCUUGCUAGGUGUUUUUUUGCUUAAGGCCGACGAGAUAUUUCUUAACUUACUCUUUCCCCAGAACAUUUAUUUUGCGUGUGUAUGAUCCUUAAUUACAAUUGGCAAUUUCUCUCUUUUUGCCUCUAUUUGUUACCGUGCCGUAAGGGCCACAUACCGUUUAAGAACCGUUGCUCUGGUUUCUCGGAGGUCCCGGUGGACCACAGAACUCCUAGACCCAAUCUUUUCCUGCCACACAGUGUACAGCUCCUAGUACCCUUUUUUAGUGGUUGAAAUUGUGAGAUGGUAAAGAGUCUAUUCACUAAAGAAAACUGUCAAGCUGUCAUUUUCCACUGGACAGAUCACAGGCUAGGAGAAAAUAACUUGCAAAUCAUGUAUGUGACAAACCGUUUGUAUCCAGAAUGUAUAAGAACGCUCAAACUUAACAGUAAGAAAACAAACAGCCCGAUUAAAAGGUGGGCAAAAGACUGAAACAGACACUUCACCAAAGAGGAUAUAUGCAUGGCGAGUAAGCACGUGAAUCGCUGUUUUAGCCACCAGUGGCGUGGUUCUCACGUACUUCUUUUUAAUCUGAUCACUGUGGAGUGGUGAGUUUCGUCACAGUGCUCAUCUGUUGAAAUGUGUGGUUAAUGGCGGGAGAAGCCCUAGGAUAACUUCACGUCGAGGUCAUGUGCAGACUUUGGUUUGAUCUGUGAGAUCGUUUUACUCCUUAUUCCUCUUACUCCUAUAAAAGAAGUUUUCCAGCGGCGGGGGGAGAUGUCCCUCUGUCAGCAGUGGCUGCUGCCUUACCAAACACAGACGCACGCAAAUGUCUUAAAGGACACUAACGAGGCCAUACUUCGCCAGCCAGAGGGGAGACUGGACUCCCGGGCUGCCGCAGUGAUCUCCGUGCACCCGUAGAGGGGCCGACCUGGCAGGCGUCCGUGAUGCUGGCAUUAAACACUCCUUUGGCAGCCCACCGACGCCAAAGAGAAAUGCCUUUUCAAGUUUUUACUCCUAUUCAAUUAAGCUAUUCCUGACUUGAAAAAUCCCUCUUCUGCCAACGAAGUGUCCUUGCCACGUGGUGUGGGUCACUUGCUGUGAAAACUGAUCACGUCAGGAAAGGUAAAGCUGGCUGUCCAUGGACACCCCCCCACACACACUGCCCCUGCUUCCUCCUUCGGGGAGACAACCACGGUGAUUUCAGUGUUGUUAACUGUCACAAAGCUUUUACCUGUGAUUCUUUCCCUUCAAAUACAGUAUUGUGAUCAUUUUGAUGAUAUGUCUGUAAAAUGUGAAAAUAGAAUUUGUGUCUGUAUCCAGCUUUUUGGUGUCUUUUGAGCCCUUUCUCUUCUACAUAGCAAUAUAUAGUGCUCUACUGUCCUUUUAACGAAGCACAUAGAAUCACAACGUUCCCGUUUGCCUCUUCAAUGUCUGGUUAGUGGGGACCCACAGAUUGCAGUGAGUCAAUGUACAUAACUUUGUAUAUAGUUAUGUUACUGCAUAUAAAGACAAUCUGGUGCUAAUGUUUUGCCCUUGGCAUUCUUCGGUGGUGGCUGAUAGCUCACCCUUGGUCAUAGCUCAGCUGUGGAAUGCUCUGUAUAGUGAGAUUCCAGUCAGGGGCGUUGCGCCUUUGGAAGAUGCGUACAGAUUUCACGCUCAAUACUUUCACUUACGUCUCAACAGAUCAUUCUGCUUGACGUUCACAAAAUAAAUGGUGUCCUUCCGUGAA